UACAAUUUAAUGAAAAUCCAAAAGUUUGGGCGCUUCGUCGUGACGUAAAUUACUGAUACAGAGGCUUCGUGAUUUGUCUUUAAAUUCAAUCUGUUUGCAGGUGAUGAUAAGAAUCAUGAAUUUCAACCAACAAUAGCGAGAUCACCGCACAAACCGACACUCAGAGCAAAUUUUGAGGAUGCGAUUGAUGAUGAAAUGGGUUGCAAUAUUAACAUGGUUAUUAUGCACGGCAGCAGCAUAUGCCAAAAAAAAUGAUGGGAUUGGUAUGUCAUUUUCAUUGGCAUGUAUGAUGGCAUAUGAAGAAGGUGGAGUUUCUGGUGUGUUGAAUUCACCGGAGUGUCCUUGGUUAUCAUUCCCUUCUUCUCUUCACUCUUCCAACUCCAAUAAUCAUUGCCACUUUGCCACUCUCCAAGGCCGCAGAGACUAUCAAGAAGAUCGCCUCCUCUGCAAUCUUCACUUGCACCUACCAUUUUCCCAUGUUGCAGGUGAAGAAGGGGUGCCUAGCAUUGGUGUGGCAGCUAUCUUCGAUGGCCAUGGGGGCCGCGAAGCGAGUGAAAUGGCUUCCGCCAUGCUCUCCCCUUACCUUCUCAUCAAUGUUGCUUUCAUGGCUUCCAAGCGCGUGCUUCCAAGCAACGACGAAUAUAACAAGACACAAGUAAGCCUGCAGAGGGCACAGGCAGUGAUUGAUCACGACACACUUCGUUCGGUUUUAGAGGAGGCAUUGCUGAGGACGAUCCAAGAUAUUGAUUCAGAAUUCUCAAAACAAGCUUUGGAUAAAGGCUAUGUUUCAGGGUCUACCGCCACUGUUGCUCUUUUAUUCGAGGGUCAACUUCUCGUUGCCAAUGUUGGAGAUUCAAAAGCUCUUUUGUGCUCUAAACAUGGGGAUUCGUCGAAACAAGUUUAUGUGGAGGAAUUAACAAGAGACCAUCACCCAGAUAGAGAGGAUGAGAAGACCAGAAUUGAAGCAGCCGGUGGCUUCAUUACUCGAUACGGUGUCCCUCGUGUAAAUGGUAUAUUAGCUCUGUCCAGAGCCAUUGGCGACGUCUAUUUCAAAAGAUUUGGGGUUACAGCUGAAGCAGAAGUAACUAGUUGGAAGGCUUUCACCUCCGAAAACAGCUACUUGGUGGUUGCAUCUGACGGUGUAUUCGAAACAUUGACUCCAAAGGAUGUCUGCCGUCUCCUCCACAACAAGGGGUCGUCGUCGUUGCCUGAACAGAUAAUUCGCCGUGCCUUUGAGACUGGCAGCAUGGAUAACCUAUCAGCUAUUGUGAUAUCUCAUCUUGUUAGUUGCUGCGGUAGGGAGAGUACCGAAUCCAUUAUAACAUCAACUUCAUUUGCCUAGUUUUUCAGUAUUGGUAUUUUAUUGAAAGAAAAUCAUGAAUUUGUUGAA